AUGUUGGAAACGGCUAUUCUAAUGCCUCCAGCAAGGUCCGAGGACGAGUCUGAGUGUCCAAUCCUUCCGCAUCAUGAAGUGCCCAACGGAGAAUGCGCCGCCGCGCUCGACAGCCAGACGGGGAGUGCCCCCGCGAGAAACGGCGCAAAAUGCGGCGACGAUCUCGGCGCGAUUUGCGGGGCCUGCCCGUAUUCAUCUACCGCUCUACGAGCCCGAAACGAGCUAGACGGCAAUGGCGACGCCGAUCGCGACGCCGAUGGCAAUGGUGAUGGCGGUGGCGGUGGCGGUGACGGUGUUGGCGACGGCAAAUGUCCUUCAAACUCUUUCCUCGGGUACUUCGGUGACACGUGGAAGGUCGCUGACGUGGCAGUAAGCUUGAAAAAGGAUCAUUCUGGUUGGAGGGGGCGUUUACUCCACGGGCUGUUUUGGGCUGUCCCGCUGCUGCUCAUCGUGCUGAUGCCGCAAUUCGCGGCGCUGACGAGCGGUCCGAGAGAUCUCACGUGGCUCGUUGACUUCCCACGAGGCGUAAGAGUGGGAGGCGAGGGGGAUGCGAUCCCGGAGAUUGAGACGGAGAGCGGGACGGUAACUGAGACGGUAACAGAGACGGUAACAGAGACGGUAACGGAACCAGCUGCGGCAGCGGCGCGGGAUGUGGCGGAAGCGGAGCAUAAAAAUGCGGAAGGGGGCGUGGGGAAGCAAGAGGGGCUUGCGGCAAGUGGUACCGCAGAGGAAGGGGGCGGGGGGAAUAUGGCGGAAGAGGGGGAUGCGGGAGAAGGCGCGGGGAAUAUGACGGAAGAGAGGGAUGCGUAUGUUCACGCGGGGGAGGAUGCGAGACUAGCGGAGAACGAGGGCGCGGGGAUUGCGGAGAACGGGGGUAAGAAUGAGGAUGUGGACGAGAAUGGCGGGGGGCGGAGCGAAGGGCGAGGGAAUCCGGAAAAAGGGUCGGAGAGAGACGAAUCGGGUCAUGAAAGGGAAUCUCCCGCUGUUGUUGAACAGGGGGAGACGUCGUCUCGCGAAAUUAGCGAAUCCAACCAAGCGACUGGUAACCACGAGCGUGUGAACGACGAGAGCCCACAAACCGAACGCGCGGCGAACCGCUCGAGUUCAGAUUCUGAAUCGCAGGGAGCAAGCGACGCGGACGAGUUAAUUGCGGAAUUGGAGCAGCGAACUCUGGGUGACGUGGAGCCUCUUGAUUCGCGGAGGGUUCUGCAGUACCUUCAUGUUAAUCCGCGAUUAACGUGGGAGACGAUGUGGUUACCCGUUCGGCGAGAAAACUACUUUCGCCCGGGUGAAAAAUACUACUUUGUUACCGGGCAGCGCGAUUUCUGUGCAGGGAUUCGCCACUUCCAUCGCAGCCUGUCGUGCAAGAUCGCAGAAGCAGCUUUUCUAAAUCGCACGCUUGUACUCGAUAUGGGGUUGUGCAUUAACAAACUGCACAAUGGCGGUUCCGCGAGUGUUCACGGUCUACAUUACUACUACGACCUGCCCUCCCUUAGGUAA